AAAGUUCAAAUAACCACUGAUUUAUCUGAUUAUAAAGUAGAAAAUGACGAUUACAACAAAGAUAAUGUAGAAAAUAAUAAGACGGGUCCGUUCCCUCUCACUGAGGAACACCGACAGAUGAUUGAGCAGACAUUUAAUGGUAUGAAAAAGGAGAGAAUGUGGAGACUUUCAACAGGAAAAUAUGUCGAGGAAGAAUUAUUCGAACUGGGGAAGAAGUUAAUAUUUGAGCAUGCCGUUCAUUCCUUUAUCUUGGAUGUCGAUGACUGGAUAAUUUGCCAGCAUUUUAGCGAGGCAGAACUAGAUGAAAUUGAUUGCGCCCCUGGCCCACAGGUACCCGAGCUCUCAGAAGAAAUCACUGGAUUUCUAAACAAAUUCGCUGGCAAGGUAAUACUUCAUUCAUAUGUUACUGACAAAGAUGUAUGUACCGCGACAAUUUAUCAAUAUCUUUUCCUGUUAGUGAGAGAAAUUCAAAGUGGAAGCUUGAAAGACGCAAAUCUUGAAGCUUGGUUUAAUUGUCAUGUGUGGAACGCGAUCUUCGAUCAAGCUUUUGGAGAUGUAAAUGCGAUAUCCGUCGUCAGAGGGGAAAGUACAAGCUUGGCAUCGGCGUCACGAAAAAAUAUAAAAAGAAUGUUAGGAGAACGGCGGAAAAUGGGUCGCAAGAUUGAUUGGAUCUUAAGAUCUAUCAGUAAUGGCGAUAGAGAUGAGUUCGGAGCUGGGGAAGUCGGAAAAAGUUGGGUGGAUAAAAAUGGAACGAAGUUUCUCAAGGAGGCGGGAUUGAAGCUACCUAAGACACUCAAGGAUAUGUUAGUAAAGUUGAUGGAGAAGGCAUGUUGGGAUGAAGAAAGUCGUGCAAAAAUUCAAACGGUUGGAAUAAUUCACGCUGGUUUGAUGAUUAUGACGGUCUGUCUGGACAACCCAAAAGGUUACAUCUGUAGGGUACAACGUGGUGAACUAAUGGAAGUUCCGGAUAAUGCAGAAAAUUUUCCUUACAUCCUCACAAUUCUCGCAUCUGUUCUGAUCAUAAAGGCUAUGGUUCAAGAGAUAAUAAAGACGGUUCAAGCAAAAAAACAAACAGUCAAAUCAUUUAAAAGGGCCGGGUUUCGAAAACGACCUCUAGACAAAAAUAAGGACCGAAUAUCUCCGUGUUUAUCAACUCCGAAGAAGGCUAAAGUAUGUGCAGAAGCAUAUACCGAGCAAUCACUUCCAUCAUCCCCGUGUCCUGGAUCAUCAUCGCAAUGUUCUGAUUUAUUCUCAUACUUGGAAUAG